AGAUGUUGACAACAACUUGCACGAAGAUAUUAUCGUUGGAUUGAAGGAAAUGUUAGACGGCCAUAAUGAGCUGGUUAAGUCGUUUCGUAUGGCUCGAGACAGAAUUCAGAAUCGUGGUCAGCAUGAUGUUAGAAUCCGUUUAAUAGGAAAGAGAUACAAUGAUGCCAGACGAUAUAAUCUACCCUCAAGCUCUGAAGUUGCUGCUUUGAUUGUUGGUGAUUUUGAUCAGUCUCUAGGUGAAAGGGACAUUUUAGUUGAAUCGAAGAGUGGCCGUCUGCAACGGAUAAACGAACUAAAUGCUUCGUAUCUGGCGUUACAAUAUCCACUGUUAUUGCCUUACGGAGAGGAUGGCUAUAGGGAAGACAUUCAAUUUUCUUCUAUUAAAGCAGAGACUGAAAAUGGUAGAAAACACGUGAGUUGCAGGGAGUAUUUUGCAUACCGUAUGCACGAUAGAGAUUGUGAGCCACAGACAAUUCUUUCUGCUCGAAGGCUAUUUCAACAGUUUGUAGUUGACGCUUAUACAAUGGUGGAAGCAUCGAGACUGCGAUAUAUUCGCUUUAAUCAGAAAAAGCUUCGUUGUGAUAUGUAUAAGGGACUGGAGGAUGCUGUGUUGCGUGGCGAUACUGAUCCCAGCUCCAGAGGAAAACGUAUUAUUCUCCCUUCUACAUUCACUGGAGGUCCGAGAAAUAUGAUACAAAAUUACCAGGAUGCAAUGGCAAUUUGUAGAUGGGCUGGAUAUCCUGAUUUGUUUAUCACUUUUACGUGCAAUCCAAACUGGCCGGAGAUUAUUCGUUUUCUUGAGCCGAGGAAAUUGCGUCCUGAGGACCGACCAGAUAUCAUUUGCAGAGUAUUUAAGGCAAAGCUUAAGCAGAUGAUAAAGGAUUUUCGUGAGAAACAAAUAUUUGGAAAGGUUAUUGCAGUUGUUUACACCAUUGAAUUCCAAAAGCGUGGACUGCCACAUGCUCACAUAUUGCUUUUCCUUGCCAAGGAGAAUAAGUUUCUCGACCCAUCUGACAUUGAUAGGAUAAUAUCUGCUGAGAUACCAGAUGAGACGUCCGAUCCGAUGUAUUAUGAAGCUGUGAAGGAUCACAUGAUGCACGGACCGUGUGGUGCAGCACGAACAAACUCGCCGUGCAUGGUAAAUGGAAAAUGCAGCAAACGAUUUCCAAAAAAGUUUGUCGAUUCCACUACGUGCGAUGAGGAUGGGUAUCCACGAUACAAGCGUCGAGAUGAUGGUAAGUAUAUUGAGAAAAAUGGUGUGGUCCUCAAUAAUGGUUAUGUUGUGCCUCACAAUCGUCGUUUGUUGAUGAAAUAUGGAGCGCAUGUUAAUGUUGAGUGGUGCAAUCAAUCACGAUCCAUAAAGUACUUAUUCAAGUAUGUUAACAAAGGAAAUGAUCGUGUAACCGCCUCAUUCUACCAGAGUUCUGGAGAUGGAGAUGUUGAAAAACCUUUAGAUGAGAUCAAUAUGUACUAUGAUUGCCGUUAUGUGUCUUCGUGUGAAGCUGCUUGGAGGUUGCUGGGUUUUGAGCUGCAGUACAAGAGGCCAACAGUACAACGAUUGAGUUUCCAUCUUAAAGGGCAGCAAAACAUUAUUUUCGAAGAUGAUGAUGAUUUAGAGGAUGUUUUGAACAAACCAACUGUGAAUGAGAGUCAAUUCCUUGCAUGGUUCGAGGCGAAUAAGAUUUAUCCAGAGGCUCGGGAGCUUACUUAUGUUGAGGCACCAUCUAAAUUUGUUUGGGAUGCAACGGAAAGAGAGUGGAGGCCUCGAAAAAGGAAAGAUGGUACAAUAGGCCGCCUAAACCACGUGAACCCUGGCUGCGGAGAUAAUUACUAUUUGCGAUGUUUGUUAAAUGUUGUCCGCGGUGCUACAUGCCACGAGGACUAUAUGAAAGUUGGCGACAUCCAGUACCUUAAUUAUAGAGAUGCUUGCUACGAACAUGGAUUAUUGGAUGAUGACAGAGAGUUCAUAGACGGUAUAACUGAAGCAAGUCAUUGGGCAUCUGCAGAGUCGCUUAGGCGUAUGUUUGUGUCAUUGUUGGUUUCCGGUUCUAUGAGUAGACCAGAUGACGUAUGGCAACGUUGCUGGAUAUUGUUAUCUGAUGACAUUUUAUACAGACAACGGAGAUUGUUCAAUAACGAUG